AUGGACAAGUUCCUAAAAGAGACGUGUACUGUCAAGAGAGACGCGAGUGUCCAUAAAAAAAGGUUUUUGACCCAACAAGUUAGUUCCAUAAUCUCACAAAAGUACCCGGUCAAAUUUGAAGAUCCUGGUUGUCCUACUGUCACAUGUGUCAUAGGUAAAAAAACGAUAGACAAUGCUCUAUUAGAUCUUGGGGCUAGUGUGAAUCUUUUACCGUUCUCGGUAUAUGAACAACUUGGACUAGGUGAGAUGAAACCAACUAGGAUAACACUACAGUUAGCCGAUAGGUCAGUCAAAAUCCCACGUGGAAUUAUUGAAGACGUUUUGGUUCAGGUAGAAAAAUUUAUCUAUCCAGUUGACUUUGCGAUUUUGGACACUCAACCUGUCUCUAGUCAAGAUAUUAAUAUCCCAAUCAUCUUAGGUCGUCCGUUUCUAGCCACUGCAAAUGCAGUCAUACAUUGUCAAAAUGGCCUAGUAGAAUUUUCCUUUGGGAAUCAGAAGAUCUAUGUGAACGCUUUUAAGGCGUUACAAGCCCCACCGGACCCCGAACACUAUGAGUCUAUAUGCAUGAUUGAUUCUCUAGUUGAGAAUACCUUUACCACCAAUAGUGUUAGCGAUCCUUUAGAGGCGUUUUUAGCCCACUUUGGAGUCUACUAUGAUGAGGAUAGUCAUCUUGAAGAAUAUAAACCAGAACCUAUUCUUCCGACCAUAGAUAAACCCCUCCCAUCAUCAGUUAAGGCACCCACCCUUGAAUUAAAGCCGCUACCAGAUACACUGAAAUAUGUAUUUCUUGGUAGUGAAAAUAUUCUUCCUGCCAUAAUUGCCUCUGACUUAGAGCCUGAUCAGGAAAGUAGACUAGUUAGUGUUCUCCGAGAGCUCAAGAAUGCAAUAGGGUGGACCAUUGCAGACUUGAAAGGAAUUAGUCCUGCAGAUUGUAUGCACCACAUCUACCUAGAAGAAGGUGUCAAAACCUCAAGAGAAAUGCAGAGACGUUUAAAUCCUAAUAUGAAAGAAGUUGUCCGCACUGAGGUGCUCAAGUUGUUAGAUGCGGGUAUCAUAUACCCCAUCCCUGAUAGUAAAUGGGUCAGUCCUGUCCAGGUUGUCCCAAAGAAGUCUGGGAUUACUGUAGUUGCGAAUGAGAAAAAUGAAUUGAUCCCUACCCGUGUUACUACCGGGUGGAGAGUUUGUAUAGACUACCAUACUUCCUUUGUAUUUGAUGAAGCAUGUGUUAAAGCUUUUGAGAAGCUUAAAUUAUUAUUGACUUCUGCCCCUAUCAUCCAACCACCCGACUGGAACCUCCCAUUCGAACUCAUGUGUGAUUUGUCCGAUUAUGCGGUUGGUGUUGUCCUUGGACAACGACGUGAUAAAGCACCUAGUGUGAUUUAUUAUGCUAGUAGGACCUUAAACGAUGCCCAGUUAAACUACACUAAUACUGAGAAAGAAAUUUGUAGCCAUCUUUUAUGCUUUUGA